AGCCUCCAAAAUGUCUACUCACAUAACUGUUCUUCCUGCCUCAACAAAAGUUGGAAAAGAGGCUAUCCGCUUACUCUUGGCCUCUCCGGCCAAUCCUACUAUCCGUGGCAUCUAUCGUGACACUUCCAAGGCACCAGAUGAAUACACCAGCCACCCAAACUUCAAUGCAGUCAAGGGCGGUGUUGCGUCUGAGGAAGGUCUCGAUUUCAGCAACUCUGAUGCCGUUCUCUAUGUCCCGCCGCCGACUUAUGAGAUCAUCGACCAAAGCGACUGGGCCAAGCAAACAGCAAACAAUGUCAAAGGUGCCUUGAAGAAAUCAGGCGUUAAGAGACUUGUUGUUCUGUCUGGUUUGGGGUCUCAUAAUGACCAUGGUAUCGGCUUUGUGCGCUUGAAUCAUCACACCGACAAGAUUCUCAAAGACUCUGUGCCUGAAGUGACUAUCUUACAGUCAACUCAUUUUCAGGAAGAGUUUGAGUACAUGUUUCAAAUGCCUUUGGGAGAUCCGCCAACAAUCUCAUCAUGGAUCGCACCAAGGGAUUUCAAGAUCCCAAUCGUCAGUCUCAGAGACGUUGGCGAAGUCUGUGCGAAUAACUUGCUCAGCAAGCUCGAAAGUCCCGGUCCGCAAGUCCUCAAGAUCUUUGGUCCUCGUGCCUACAGUUCAAUCGAUCUGAGAGACAUGUUUGAGGAAAUCACUGACAACAAGGUUGAGCUCGGACUUGCGCAAGGUGAGGAUUUGAAGGCUUUCUUCAGACAGAUCCUUCCUGAGCAUUGCAUUCCCGACUUUAUGGAAAUGAUAGAAUCGUCACUACCGGGUGGAUUGAUCGCGAAGGAGUAUGAGGUUGAUGAGAAUACCGUGACUGGGAAGGUUGAGAUGUUGGAAGUUUUCCGUGAACUAGGUGACAAGUAUGGCUGUUCCAAGUAA